AUGGGUAGGUUAAAAUCGAUUACUUCACAACAUUCACCAACAGAAAAGGAAGAAGAAGAAAAAGAAAAAGAAAGAGAAAGGGAGUACCUUCAACGGCAGUCGGCAGCGCAGUUCGUAGCGCGGAAGAAAAAGAAGAAGAAGAAGAAGAAGAAGGGAGAACGUCGACAGGAGGAUAAGGCAACAAACAAAAUUACCAAUUCACAAUCUAGGCAAGUUUCUUUGCCUAUUAGUAUAACUUCUGUUCCUUCAUUGAAUAUAACUGAACCAAGUAUUUCAGCAGCUUUGAAGAAAAGAAGAGUUAAUGAUUCUCCUCUUGGUAGAGCUUUUGACUUGCAAACUAGAGCUCAAUUAGAUGCAGAGAUUGCUAGAAUUGGUUAUGUGCCGCCUGGUUAUAACAAAUUGAGAACCACAUUACUUCAGCAAGAAAAAGCAAAUGUUAAGAGGUUGCUUGAACCAAUUAAAAGCACUUGGUUAGAAAAGGGUGUUAGUAUUGUGAGUGAUGGAUGGAGUGAUCCCCAGAUGAGGCCUUUGAUUAAUUUUAUGGUUGUUUCUGAGUCUGGCCCCAUGUUUAUCAAAUCUGUAGAUUGUUCUGAUGAAGUGAAAGAUAAGCAAUUUAUUGCUAAUUUGCUAAAAGAAGUAACUAAUGAGGUGGGUCAUCAAAAAGUAGUACAAGUCAUUACUGAUAAUGCUUCAAAUUGUAAAGGUGCUGGAGAAAUCAUUGAGGGAAUGUUUCCACAUAUUUAUUGGACUCCUUGUGUUGUGCACACUCUUAAUCUUGCUUUGAAGAAUAUAUGUGCAGCAAAAAAUUUGGAAACUAAUCAAGAAACUUAUGAUGUGUGUCACUGGAUCACUGAAAUCCAUGGGGAUGCUUUGCAAAUCAAGAAUUUUAUAAUGAAUCAUUCCAUGAGGCUUGCAAUUUAUAAUCGGUUUAGCCCUUUGAAAUUGCUUUCAGUUGCUGACACUCGUUUUGCUUAUAUUGUUGUGAUGCUUAAAAGAUUUAAACUUAUUAGGUGUGCUUUAGAAGUAAUGGUUAUGAGUGAUCAAUGGGCACAAUACCGAGAAGAUGACCAAGGCAAAGCUAGAUUUGUUCGUGAUAAAGUGAUAGAUGAGGAUUGGUGGGAAAAGGUUGAUUACAUCAUUGCUUUUACUGGGCCCAUUUAUGACAUGAUCAGAGUUUGUGACACAGACAAACCAUGCCUUCAUUUGGUUUAUGAGUUGUGGGAUUCUAUGAUUGAAAAGGUGAAGCAAGUUAUUUUUGAUCAUGAAGGAAAGCAAGCAGAUGGGUUUUCUCCUUUUUAUUAUGUGGUUCAUCGAAUUCUUGUUGAUCGUUGGGCAAAGAGCAACACUCCCCUUCAUUGUUUAGCCCAUUCAUUAAAUCCAAGAUUUUAUAGUGAAAAAUGGCUUCAAGAGGGAGAAGGUAGAGUGCCUCCUCAUAUGGAUGGAGAAGUAUCAACUGAGAGAAUUAAAUGCUUUAGGAGGAUUUUUUCUAAUGAAGAUGAGCGAAUUAGAGCAAAUGAUGAAUUUGCAAAUUUUUCUUUGAAAAGUGGACCUUUUGCUGAUCCUGAUUCUAUUAGAAGUAUGUAUGUUACAGAUCUUAGGAAAUGGUGGGCAUGUUUUGGUUCUAAUGCACCUUUACUUCAAAGGUUGGCUUUUAAAGUGCUUGGACAACCUACUUCCUCCUCUUGUUGUGAAAGAAAUUGGAGUAUUUAUUCCUUCAUUUAUUCAUGCAGAAGGAAUAAAUUAACUCCAAAAUGUGCAGAGGACUUGGUUUUUAUCCAUAAUAAUCUUCGUCUUCUAUCGAGAAACUCCUCCCAAUAUUAUGAUGAGAAGACAAAAUUGUGGGAUGUUGGUGGUGAUCAAUUUGGGAGUAUGAAAGACGUGGAAGUUCUUGAAUUUGCCAACCUUUCAUUGGAUGAACCAGAGUUAGAGUCUGUUUUGUUUGAUGAAAAUGCAACUACAAGCAUGGAGAAUGAGAAUGAGAAAGACAGUGAAGUUUUAUAUUUACAUGUUUUCCCCACGUUUCCGUUUCCUAUGUUUUUUAAAAUGCCGUUUUCCCGUGUCCGUUUCUUCAUUUCCCCAUGUCCGCGUUUCCGUUUCCGUGCUACAUAG